AUGCUUGAUAGUCAAAGUAAACUGAUUCCCUUGAACCCUUUUCUCGAUAGUCAGGGGAUUCUCCGUGUAGGUGGUCGACUCUCUCACUCUUCAUUGCCAGAAGAACAAAGGCAUCCCGCCCUGUUACCCCCUAGUCAUCAUAUCACACGUCUUCUUAUUCGUGAAGAACAUUUGAGACUCAAACACGCUGGUACUCAAGCCACUUUAUAUUCGAUUCGCGAAAAUUAUUGGCGUAUCAAUGGUCGCAAUGUGAUACGACAAGUGAUUCGCCAAUGCAUUCCAUGCUUUCGUGCGAAACCCAGAGGCGCUGACUAUCUCAUGGGCAACCUACCUUUAGAACGCGUUUCAUUUUCUGGUUCGUUUCUUAAUAUCGGCGUCGACUACUGUGGUGCUUUCUACAUCAAGGAAAAGCGCUUUCGAAAUCGAAACAAAAUAAAGGUUUAUGUGGCGAUUUAUAUUUGCAUGUCAACAAAAGCUGUCCAUCUCGAAUUGGUCAGCGACUUAACAACAGACGCUUUCAUUGCCAGUUUGAAGCCACUCUUCUCUAGGAGAGGAAAAUCGCGGACAACACAUUCCGACUACGCGACAAAUUUUGUUGGUGCAAAUCGUGAGCUUGAUGGGCUCUAUAAUCUGCUUAUUUCGGUCGAGCACAACAAGAAGGUGCAACAAUAUCUAGCGGAAGAAAAAAUUACAUGGCACUUUAUCCCUCCCAGAUCGCCACAUUUCGGUGGCAUUUGGGAAGCCGCUGUAAAAUCCUUCAAGCACCACCUCUUGAGAUUGGUUGAUGACACAUUGCUAACAUUCAAGCAGUUGGAAACCUUCAUAAUUGAAACUGAAGUAUAUUAA